AUGAGUGUGGAGGAUAUAGAUAAGCGUAGACAAGAAAGGACUCGUCUUAAAAGGAAAAGCACGCUAGGAGGAGCUUCUUAUGGAACUGAUUGCGAUGUCGUGGCUAUGUUCCCACAUAACAAGCCUACUUCCUCGAAGGAUAUAAAGUUCGAGAAGCAUAUACCUUUGGAAGGGAAAAACAAGACUCCUAUGUACACUGUUAAGUUGGAGCAAAAUGUUAAAAACGUCGUAGUCCUAGGUAAAGAAGUAGAUUCAAUCGAGGAAGGUUACAACUACUGUUUCGCCAAAAAACAUAAAAACACCGGGGAGAUCACUUAUCGUCCCGCUUUACUUUACUCUUUUGAGACAAAGUAUGCUCCCGACCCAGAUUAUAUAUUAGGAAACAGAAAGCCUCCUCCCGUAGAUUUCACUGCGAACUAUACACUCGAUAGAGAUCAGAGCUAUGCCAAGAGAGCGUUAUUAACAAAUGAUUUCGGUUCAUCCAAGAAGAUUAAGAUGCACGAAGCUGCCCUGAAGCGGUCUAUCAAUGACGCCACUCUUGAAGCUAUGCUUAAAACAGCUUUUGCUUCUAGCUCUGUAUUAACGACAAAGGAAGACAUCAAGCUGGAACAAAUCUCACUCAUCAACAAAGCUCAAUCUUCCAUCUUGCCUGUUGCCGUACAAACAGAUAAUGUCAAAGCUAUCUAUCCAAUCUCCCUAUUUUUAUCUGACGCGGAAUUGGAAGCUUUCUCUGAAACAGCGAGAGACUACUUCCAGACUAAACGUUCAGAACUUGUUGCAGCAGGUUUCCCUGACAUGAUCGCCAAGUUCAUGCCGGUAAGCAUUCAAUCUAAAGGCUCAGAAGCUGUCGCUUUCCUAUUAUUAGGAUGUAUGACCCAUAUUAUCAUAACCUUGGGAAAGGGUAAAGUUAUGUUGAAGAAAACUGUCGAGGAAUUGCCAUUCCCUGAAGGAAUUGUGCAGAAAGUAAUGGUGGAUUUCUUGAGUACUGAGUUCGACAGAGGAGCUAACAAUAAAGCGCCAAUGCGAUUGCAAGUGUCUUCUGAACAGAAAGAGAAACUAGUUGCUCAUGUCUUAGCAUUAGCUCUAACUCUGAGUCCCAACCACACUCUUCCACUUAAUAUAUGGCAACAAACAAUAAAAUUGGCUCCUUCUUUCAUCGAAAAAGUUCUCGUGGGCUUAGGAUGUGAGAUCAUUCAGUGCUCAGUCGACGAAGCUGUGAAAACGGGAUCUAUGAGAGCUGCAAAACUUACUAAACCCCCGGGCGAAACUAGUGGACGAGGUCCCGAAGAUUCGUCAGGGGUAGAGUCCCCUGAGAUGAGUGAAUCCAACUAUUCCGAACGCAACUUCUUGCCAUUUAAAAUUCAAAACAUCCGCCUUAAGCGUCUUCAGGAACUGAGAAAUAAUCGGCGAACAUCUUUGUUGCAUUCUCAAGCUAUUGAAUUUGAAAAUCUCACAAAUGGCUUUCCUGAAGUGUAUUUCGAUUGGUAUAAUGAAUGUGUCAAGAAUAUGUUGAAGGAUCCCGUGUACUUUUAUCAAUGCAUGGUUAACAGUUUCAAACAUUAUCAUCAGAAGCAUUUUUCCAAUACAAACCAUGAGGGUGACUUCGUUGCUUUAUUAAAAAACAAGCUGUUGUAUUCAAGCAAAGAAUUAACUAUAAAAUAUACCGAUGUUACCCAAUCUGCCAUAUUUGAAGUGAAAACUCAGAUCCUUCUCCAAUUCCAUGUAUUGUGGUUGACUAGUACUGGUACUGUCGAUGAGGUUGUGAAAAAUUUGCGUUGUUUGUAUAUUUGGACUGAUCCUACCACUAUGAAAUCUUUCCUCGAGGAAACUGUUUGUGACUUAUUCGCCCAUGUUAUUCCCAAAGUUAUUUGCCAAGUUUUUGAAGAGUUGUGCGUAGCUCUGCCCGUUGAUCUAGAGGAGCAUAAUCUUGUCGAUGAGACUGAUGAACCUCUGCCUUGGAUAACGGAAAAUAAUAAUUCUAGUCAAUUAAAAGAAUUACACAAAAUAAUAGAGGAGACAGCGUUAGAUUUGGAAAGUUCGAAAGAAGAUAGGAAGAAAAAGAAGGAAACCUUGAAGAACGCUAAGUUAUCAGAGCCCAAAAUAGUUUCUCCUUCCAAGCCCCUUUCACAACUUCGAAAAGUUCCGAAAAUUGUUCCGGAAACCCCUGAAGAAAAACUAAUGAUACAUAAAGAUAAUCCUGAAAAUGCAGAGGUCGUCAAACAAACACCCAUGGCUAAGCUCAGAGGAAUUAAUAAGAAAGGAUCGAAGCGGUUAAGUGAAUUAGUUAAACUGAGUGAAGAGAGAACAAGGCCUAAGAGAGCUGCCGCAAUUGUUGCUGCAAAAGCUGUUCUGAAUAGCUCUGUCGCUCCGAACUCGAAUAAGGAGCUGUUGCUCGGUCUGAACACGCCAUCGCCAAGGCCAAACCGAUCAGCUAGAUUGAACUUGAUCGACAGAUUUGCAGCUACUCCAGAAACUCGUAGAUCUACCAGAAAACUCAAUCCUGGAAGAAAGAGCAGCGAAGAGGAUCUCAGUUCUGGCAACAGUGCUAAGCGAGCGAGAACUGAUGGUUAUGAUUCAAGUAGUUCUAAGAGCGCCAGCAAAUCUGACGCUUUAGGAGAACAGAUUGGUUUCACUUCGGAACAGUUGAAAAGAUAUAAGCAAAGAAUGAUGGAAAUCUCCAGAAACAAAGUUUUUGAACCUGUAGACAGCGAGAACAGAGAGAGAACUAGUCUCUUUGAAGAGCAUGAACUAGAGCAAUCUAGGAUGGAUGAGAAGAAUGUUCAGAAAAAUCGAACAGGUAGAUUGGUUCGCGCUCAGUGUAGUAGUACAGUUCAUAUAGCUCAUAUUCUUUUGAAUGUUCACAACCCUUCCCCUUUGGAGCCUUUCAAAACUGGUAAAGUGGCUGGUGCUAAUACAACGAAAAUUCAAAAACUGGUGCGAAUUGCUAAGAAAAAGGAUAAAAUUAAGUUGAAUCGUUUACGAAAUCGAAAUCGCAAUCAGCGAUCAUCGCCCCAUGACAGUCAAACUUCCGAUUCGUUAGAAUUUUAA